AUGGCCUACCUUCGAGGCCUUCUCGUCGCGCUAGCGGCAGCUCCCAUCGUCUUCGGCCAGAACGCGGCCUACAAGACGUGUCUCCGCAACGCCGUAACCGAUGGCGGCAGUGUGGCUUUCCCCGAUGCGCUACUUUACCAGGAGGUGGACGUUAAUCGCUAUAAUUUGAACAUUCCGGUCACGCCUGCUGCCGUGACCUUUCCGACAUCGACAGAUCAAGUCGCUGCAAUCGUCAAAUGCGCGGCUGACAACGGAUAUCCUGUCCAAGCUAAGAGUGGCGGUCACAGCUACGGCAAUUAUGGACUCGGCGGAACGGACGGAGCAAUUGUCGUCGAUAUGAAGAAUUUCCAACAAUUUUCAAUGAACUACACCACGUGGCAUGCGACAAUUGGGCCUGGAACGCUCCUUGAAGAUAUAACUACCCGUUUGUACAACGCGGGUAAACGUGCCAUGGCCCAUGGAACCUCUCCACAGAUCGGGGCUGGCGGGCACUUUACCAUCGGUGGCCUAGGUCCACUUUCGCGCCAAUUCGGAAUGGCCCUUGAUCAUACUCUCGAGGUAGAAGUAGUGCUCGCAAACGGAACCAUAGUUCGUGCUUCUGAAAGUGAGAAUUCCGAUGUUUUCUGGGCCAUCCGAGGCGCAGGCUCUGGUUUUGGUAUCGUGACCGAGUUCGUUGUGCGCACAGAGCCCGCACCGGGUACUGCAGUGCAAUACGAGUUCUCUAUUAGUAUCGGCGAUGCGAAAUCUCAAGCCGCGCUAUAUAAGCAAUGGCAGGCAUAUGUCUCGAACCCAGAUCUCACGUGGAAGCUAGCAUCUACCCUCUGGGUACUCCAAGAUACCAUGAUCAUCUCCGGUACAUACUUUGGAACAAAGGCAGAAUAUGACGCAUUAGACAUGGCAAGUCAAUUCCCUGGUGCUAACGGCACUGCCAUUGUUUUCGAAGACUUUCUCGGUCUGGUAGCCGAAUGGGGCGAGGAGAUAGCCCUUAAAUUAUCAGGAGGAAUCCCGUCCAACUUCUAUGCCAAAUCGACUGCAUGGACACCACAGGACUUGAUGUCGGAUACGUCGAUAGACCAAUUCUUCGAAUAUGUUGAAACAGCGAACAAAGGCACCCUUCUCUGGCUCCUUGUGUUUGACUUCGAGGGCGGUUUCAUCAAUGAGAUCCCUGCCGAUGCCACCUCCUAUCCCCACAGAGAUGUUUUGAUCUGGCUCCAGACAUAUUCCAUCAACCUUCUUGGGCGUGUCACACCGACUAUGAUCAAGUUCCUUGACCAACUGAACGUAUUGGCGAACACCAGCGCCCCUUAUGAGGCAUAUGCUGGCUAUGUCGACCCGCUGCUUCAAAAUGGCCCGCAAGCCUACUGGGGUGCCAACUUACCCAGGCUAGAGCGGAUUAAGGCUGAUAUUGACCCCGAUAAUGUUUUCAGCAACCCACAAAGCCCCCAGCCAGCCUCAUAA